GUGGCCGCCCCCGGCUCCGCGCCGCGCUCUCCACGCGCGGGCUGCCUCGGGGCCGACUCUGCCCUCCUGGGGCUCCCUGCGUGGCGGUGUGCGAUCGGGAAAUCGGCUGCAACCGAGACCCCGCCGGGAGAGCUUGCCAGCCCGCUGGCCACCCGAGACCCUUUCAUGGGUGCAUCAGAUACUGUGAGAUUCCAGCAUGACUGUGUAUGACGAAAGGCAAGCAGACAGAGGGAAAGGAGCCAGAAUCACAGAAUUUAGAGAUUGGAGGAGCCUCAGUCCCUGAGCUCAGGUCUGAGCUACCGAAACCAUGGCAACCAGCGCUGUCCCCAGCGAUAACCUCCCCACCUACAAGCUGGUGGUGGUGGGGGAUGGGGGUGUGGGAAAGAGUGCUCUCACCAUCCAGUUUUUCCAGAAGAUCUUUGUGCCUGACUACGACCCCACCAUUGAAGACUCCUACCUGAAACAUACAGAGAUUGACAAUCAGUGGGCCAUCUUGGACGUGCUGGACACGGCUGGGCAGGAGGAGUUCAGUGCCAUGCGGGAGCAGUACAUGCGUACGGGGGACGGCUUCCUCAUCGUCUACUCCGUCACUGACAAAGCCAGCUUUGAGCAUGUGGACCGCUUCCACCAGCUCAUCCUGCGUGUCAAGGACAGGGAAUCAUUCCCAAUGGUCCUCGUGGCCAACAAGGUUGAUCUGAUGCACCUGAGGAAGAUCACGAGGGAGCAAGGAAAAGAAAUGGCGACCAAACACAAUAUUCCUUACAUAGAAACCAGUGCCAAGGACCCGCCUCUCAACGUGGACAAGGCCUUCCACGACCUCGUUAGAGUCAUCAGGCAACAGAUUCCAGAAAAAAGCCAAAAGAAGAAGAAGAAAACCAAAUGGCGAGGAGACCGUGCCACUGGCACCCACAAACUCCAGUGUGCGAUACUGUGACAGCCGAGGCCCCAGCACAGCGAUCACGACCAGCCCUUGGAACUCUCCACUGCCUAACUACACUGAAAACCAUUUCUAACCACGACCCUUGGCCAGAGGACUUGGCACAGGAAAGGGGAGAGGGAGGGAGAGCAGGGAGCAGACAGGGUCUGGCUUUGUGGGAGGGCACUGGCUUUUCCGUAUCUCCUAAGAGAGACAAGGAAGCCACCUGUACACAGAAGCAGCAUCAGGCUCCUCAAGUGUUGAUUCACUCCAGUUCCCCCUCUUGGUGGCUGUGUUGUUUCUUCUAACUACAUAGUGUUGGUUUGAUGUGGAAGUGCUAACCCACGUUCAGAGCACCAAACAAGCCAUGAGCAAGCUUCCUCCCCGUGACCCAUUCUACAGUGUCUGGGUUCAGAUGUCUUUUGUAGACUUUUAAAUUAUUUUAGUGAUGAUUAUUUUAUUAAAGGGCUCUGUGCCUACUGCCUGGUGAAGUCCCAGCUCUUCGGCAGACCUCUCUGAUGACAUGUCUGAAAUCGUGCUGUUGUCUUUUUGACUGAGUUUUUCCAGCAGUGCCAAACUCAACCCAAUACUAGAAGUAGAGAGACUGAGAGAACAGAAGUUAGUGGGGACUGUAGGUGGAGGCUUUGGGCCGUGGGUCAGAUGUGGGAGAGAAACAGGCCCUACUCGCGCCUAGAAACCAGAGAGAAGUGCAAGGCGUUGCUAUGGUUAAAGAUGCAGAUAUUGGAAAACAGAAUUUUAAUUUGCUGAAGUGAAAGGCUGGCAUGAGUAUGUCAGUUCUAAAAGAGGCUUUCAUUACCUUCAAGUGUACAAGCUAAAGUAAGUAGAUGGGCUUUGCAAAACGUCCACUUAUUUCUCAGUGUUCAGUUCUGUCUUCCCAGCUGUGUAAGUUCCUAGUGUCUCAGAUCUGUCCUUUCCUGCUUCACCCCUUCACCGGUGCUGCCUGGUGCCCCUCUGAUUAAACACGGGACUCAUCAGAGGAAGCUAAGGUGGACACUAUCCAGAAAGCUUAGUUCAUGCUGAAUCGUACCCCAAAGGAUUCCAUCCUGUUAUCACUAAAAUACCACCAGGACUAAAGCCAUUUCUCUGAGUCAGCUGACCUCCACCUCUAUGGCCCAGGAAACGAGCAAAGCCUUCCAGUGUUGCAGACUUAGUUGCCUUUUGGCACACACUUUUCUCACUCACUCUCCUGGAUCUUUUGGUUUUUUUUCUUUUUUUUUUCUUCCGGUACUGGGGAUUGAACUCACGACCACCUGCUUGCAAGGCAGGUGCUUAUGCCGCUGAGCUAAAUCCCCAGCCCCAAGGUAAGAUCCUGACAAUAGCAGAGGAAAAAGCAAAGGUGGGCUGGUGAUGUUGCUCCCAUACCCCUGUUUCUGCAAGGGACAGUCCCCUGCAGCUGCCUGACAAUGCACCUCCCUCUCUGGUGCUACCGGUGGAAACAAAGACAAUUUUUCCAGCCAGGGUGGGAGCUUGGGGACAGCAGGAGGGUGCACUUGAGAGUCGUAGACAAGGUUGCACGGCUAGGGACCUUGCUUUCCAGAUGUGUAUCUGUAAAUGAACAUUCCCAGCAGGUGGCCUGGAUCCUGCCUGGAGAAAGAAACUGAUGCAGAGAAACCCAUGGAAAGUGAGGCUCUGGCAGGAUUCCAGGACACGCGGAUCCUUCUCCAGUUCAGAGAGUUCUGGGCACCUCACCCUGCAGCAUCACCAGUUGGAGGGCCCCACCGAGGAGCUCCAGAAGGAAACUUCGGACUUCUCUUAGUCAAACUUACUAUUUGUCAAAAUAGCCCUUUUUUCUGUUCCUAAAAGGAAGGAAAAAAGAGAGCAUUUCAGAUGAGGCACUUCAGAUGUUUCCCAGUAUCCUGUAAUAAAUAUUAAUGGGUAUUUUAAACACUAGAAGGAUGAGGCUUUUCCCAAUCGUUAGGCUCUUCUGAGCCAUGCCCAGAGCAGGCACUCAUGCAGUUCAGUGGCAGCAGAAGACUGGAAAUGAAGGAGGAGGCCAGGCAGGAAAUUGUGAGGACUAGGUUUGCUUUGCCCUGCAAAGAAGGCAGCGGCCACUGCCAGAAGGCAAGCAGGCACCGCCCGCCAGCGGCACACCUCUGUCCACUGUGGACACACACGUCUCCUGCCCACGCCAGCAGCACUGCGUGGGGGAAGCCUUGCUGGAAGCAGAUCAGCUGACCUAGAAUGAAGCCCUGAGCCAUAAAGGUAACCAGAAAAGGGUUCCCCCACUCCUGGCCUCCCGCACCCCCUGCCAGAAAAUCUGGCCCCAUCUACCAGGCCAUCUUUCCUGAAUUCAGCCCACCACUUAACUCCACAGUGCCUGACGGAGAGACUGUGUAAGCGUGGGUCUUCUGCAGCCUCUGACUGGGGCUGAUGGUAAACUUUCAUCCUCUGUGACUUCCCGUUCCUCAUAGAUAAAAUGGGUAGAUAAUACCUCAUUUUUAGAAAUGGAUUCAUGUCACAGAGGAAGCAUCCAGACAGGUUGGAGUAGUGUACCCGAUGUCCAUCACCUGGCAGGGUCAGUCUGGGAAACCUGGUUGGCCACGCUACUCCCUGACUGGAGAGUCCACUGAGACUUGUGGCUGUGUUGUCAUCCACAUUCCCUUCCCAUCCCCUGAGCGCACUGUUCCUGAAAUCCCCUCGCCCCACGCCAUUUGCCAUUGUGAGCACCCAGAUCCACUCCCACUGUUCUCACACCCUCCGUAAAGGGCUCCUUUUCUCUUCAGAGGUAAUCCUAGCCAUCCUGAGCUCCACAACUGGGGCUGUCGCCACCACCCAUGCCCUGUGCCACACAGAGGACACCUGGACAUUUUCUCUGAGGACUUUGCCCACCACCUCAUGGUGCCUGCUGUGGAGAGUAUGUGGCCUGGUGUGGCCUGUCUCAUUUAGCCAGGAGAUGUGGCCCACUCACACCUGGGACCCCUUCCUCCAGAGCCCCCUGAGAGGUGUUAUGGUAAACACAGAGCCACAGGUAUGCCUUCCCCGUUGGCACGCAUUGGGUUGGAAAUUCCAUGUGAGGUUUACUUAGAAUGAAAGAUACUUGAAUUAUCGAGCGCCUUUGAGCGCCCAGCUUUUCUGUUACAGUGUUAACAGGUGGCCGUUGUGAAAUGAGAGUGAUGCCUGAACAUCUCAAUAAUGCUUGAGCCUUUUAUGUAACUUUUUAUUAAGUCUUUGUGUAUCAUGACCCAUUAAUAAAGAAAUAGAGAAACACCA